AUGGACAAAUUUGAAAGCACGCAGUGCUUAACAAGAAACCGCCUGGUAGCGUUGGCGCUUUUAAUUGGUUGUGAUUAUCUACAAGGGGGUGUGAGUCGAGUAGGAAUUGUUACCGCUAGAGAAAUCAUUUCUGAGUUCUCUAUCAACGACGACGAUCAUGCCCUUACAAUUCUGGAUAGAUUUGGAAGUUAUUUCCGAGGAGAGAUCCCAAUACGCGCUAGUGACAGCAAUAUCAAGAAGAAGCUCAGAAAAUCUAAAAUUGUUUUGCCUGAGGGUUUUCCCAAUUCCGACAUAUUCAUUGAGGCCACAUCGAUAUAUCUUUGUCCUGAAGUAAAAGAAAAGAAAGAAUUACCUGCUGUUCCGCAACGGAAUUUGGCCAAAGUCGAGAGCAUCUUGAUGCGGGAGUGUGGAUGGACUUCAAAACGGUUUUCACAAGAGGUUGGCCGCAGUAGACGACGAAGCCAAAAGAUCGAAAGCAUGCAAUCCCACAAACUCACGGAGUUCUUCCCAACAGUUCGCCGAUCAAUAUCCACACGUGCUGUUAGCUGUGAAGUGUUUGCGCAGAAUCAUAGCCGACGAGAAUGGGCUGCACUGCAACGUUUAAGAGCGAAUGCAAGGCUCUACGACAAGACGGAAGUCACUAUUGACGACGCUAAAGCGUGUGCAAAGCCUAAUGGUGUUCGUCGUCGACCACCGAAAAGGAGACUAGCCGAAGGAUCUGUUAGUUGUCCUUCGUCCAAAUGCAAACGACUGGAAAACUCCCCUAACUCUGACAUGGCAAUGCUGGCAUUGCCGGGAACGGCUGGAUUGUCAGCUGAUCAAGAUGAGCAGGUUCUCGUAGAUGCGCUUCCAUAUCUUGAUACGGAGUACAACGAUGCGGACCGUCAAACGGCCUUAAGGUUGAUUGAUCAAGAGUGCAAGAUUUUUCGGCCAACAAAGAACUACCUGAAGCACCUACCUGUGCCAGAUUUUGAUGUAUUUCUUACUCCAUGUAUGCUCAAAGAGCAGGCGAGGAUGUCCAAGAAACAGGAAAUGCCAAAGCUGGACAUGAGCCGGUGUGAGCUACCGUGUCCAUCGGGCACAUCACGAGCUGGUGAUAAGGUCCAGUGGAGAAAGGCCAUAAAAAACGCGAAAGCGCAGAAUGAGCAUCUUGUAAUGAGGCAGAUAAAUCUCGAGUUAAUGGAAGAGUAUGCGGCGGAAACGUAUCUACGAAGAAAUAAAGAACUGGAGCAGUUGUGUACUGAAGCUGAACGAGAACUUAGGCGUACUAAAGAGCAGGUGAUGGAAAUUCACGCUAGACGUAAAAUGGCUCAAUUAGAAGCUGGACGACAACUGAGAGAGCUCGAAGGCAGUUGGGUAGCUAUGGUCACCAACAACUAUAGAAUGGAACUUGCUAACAAUCAGCUGGCAGCUGAAAAUGCUCAAAUGGCAAAAAGGCUACGGCUUGAUCCAGCAGCAAUUGAUAAGCUUAACUGA